AUGUCGCAGUAUUCUGGAAAGAUCGUGUUUUACGAGGGCCGCUGCUUCACCGGCCGGAGACUGGAGGUCUAUGGAGACUGUGAUAACUUCCAGGACCGCGGCUUCAUGAACCGGGUGAACUCUAUCCGUGUGGAGAGCGGGGCCUGGAUCUGCUUCGAUCAUCCGGACUUCAAGGGUCAGCAGUACAUCCUGGAGCGUGGAGAGUACCCCGAGUUCCAGCGCUGGAACUCUCACAACGAUCACAUGGGCUCCUGCAAACCAAUCAGGAUGCACGGAGAGCACUACCGCAUGCAGCUGUUCGAGGGAUGUAACUGGACGGGUCAGUGCAUGGAUCUGUGUGACGACUGCCCCUUCCUUCAGAGCCGAGGAUUCAACACCAACUGUGUGAACUCAGUGAGAGUGUUCGGAGACGGAGCGUGGGUGAUGUAUGAGGAGCCUAACUUCCGCGGCCGCAUGUACAUCGUUGAAAGAGGAAACUACUGCAGUCAUAACGAGUGGCAGGCGCAGAACCCCAACAUCCAGUCCAUCCGCAGGAUCGUCAACUACUUCUAAACCCUCCAGAACCUCCUUUCUCUCUUAACAUGUAAAAUAAACUCUCAAAACCACAGCCAAGAUGGUAUUUUAUCACACGAGAGUCUCCGUGUCUGUCUCUGACUUCAUCACACACCAGUCCUUUUGAA